GGAGUCACUCGCUCCAACUCCUGCAUCAUGUUACCCUGGAGAAGGAAUAAGUUUGUACUGGUGGAGGAUGAUGCCAAGAGAAAGCCCAAGAGUCUGGGGACUGGGCUGACCUACCACUCCAUCCUCUCAUCUUUACUUCGCUCCUGCCCUGACUUGAUACCAGACUGCCCCUUUGACUGGGUGGGCAGCAUCUUUCAUACCAAACGACAGAAGGUGGAACUGAACAAAGAAGAGCCAGUUUACAGAGUGCGUUACCUUGGCAGCAUGGUCACCAUCACAGCAAAGGGAGAUGGCUGCACCCAGGAGGCAGUGGCCAAAAUCUGGACAAGGAGUAACUACGGAGAGCAAAGCGUCAAGAUGAGGUUAACAGUGGGGUCACAAGGCAUCCGAAUGAGCGCUGACAAAUCUGGGAAAAAGAAACCCAUCCAUCUGUUCACUCUGAACAGAAUCACUUACUGUGCAGCUGACCCGAGCCGGCCUAAAAUCCUGUCUUGGAUCUACAGACACCAGGUCAAGAACAUGGCGGUGGUGUUGCGGUGUCAUGCCGUCCUGGUCAGCAAAUCAGAGAAGGCCCGUGCCAUUGCCCACAGUCUGUACCAGAACACCACCUCUGCCUUCAGCGAGUUCAAGCGGUUGAAGCGUCAGAGUGACUUCCGGCACUGCCAGCAGCAGCUGCUGGGUGAGGAGGCAGUGCCCCUGAUGCCGCUGAGGAGGCUGCUGAACGGACAGUGCCACUAUAGACUGCCUGCUGAAAACCUUGGCAGUGCCAAACGCCUCUGCUCCAUCACAGAAGAAGAAGAGGAGGAGGACGAUGGAAGGAACAGCAGGAAUGAGAAUGAGAAGGUGGAGGACGUCGAAAAGCUGCAAGAAAAACAGAAGGUUCUGACAACAAACACGGACCCGACUCAGUUACUGUCAGAGCUGGACAUUGGGGAUAUUGCCCAACUGGAGCAGUGCCAAAUUAAUUUCAUCAGCGACAGCAACAAUAACACCAUUACCUUUAUAACCUCUCUGGUGUGAGUGAAACCACAGGAAGAAUGGCCACUCUCUAAACAGUAACAUUCCUCUGUUUGCCCUCCACUGUUGCCCCCCACUCAGGCUUCCCCCGUCCCCUUCCACGUAACGU